AUGCAGCGCAGGGGUGAUCAGAAGAAAAGUGAAUCACAGAAUCAGUAUAAGAGAAAUAGUAGAGUGGGUGGUCGUUCACCAUCAGCACAGCCACAGUAUCAACGGGUUACUUCUGGAAAAGGCGGUGGUAGCUCUGUUCUACCUCCUCCUUCUCCCGAUUCCGAUUCCUCUUCUCCCACCACGCAAAGCUUCAAGAAGUCUGAUGGAGAAACAGGUCCACUGAAAGUGACUGAUGCUGUGCAAAAUGAUGCCCCUGCCAAAACCUCAGGAUCAGAUAAGUUAGUUGAGCCAGCACAUAGAAUCAGACAUGAAGAUAACCAAAUUGUUUCUAGUGCUCUUUCUUCUCAACAUACAUCUUCAGAUUUGGAUCCGUCUGCUCCAAAGACCCCCAUGAAAGAUGACACUUCUAAAAAUGUAUCUCUUCAAUUUGGAAGCUUCACCCCGGGUUUUGUGAAUGGAAUGCAGAUUCCUCAAAGGACCAACUCAGCACCCCCCAACAUGGAUGAGCAGAAGCGCAUUCAGGUAGUAUACUACUUCAGAUUGGAUUGGGCACGAUCUAGUCCUUUUAGACCACUGCAGCUUUUGCCUUCUUCUACUCCACAUCAGCCGCAGCUGAGGGAGGAUAUUGGGAAGCCGAUGAAUAAAAAUCCUGAUCCUCAGCAUUCUCAUGAAAGAGACCUACCUGUUCAUGUUCAGGUUCCAGCAGCUCAGGCUGUCGGUAGCAUGCAGAAGUUAUCUUCUCUCCCUUUUCCGGGGGUUCCAGUCAAUCCUCCUUUUUUGCAGCCUCAUGGUCCUGUGCAGUUCGGAAUGCCUGGACCACAGGUUCAACAUCAAGGAAUACCUUGUUCUUCGUUCCCAAUGCCAAUGCCAAUGCCACUACCAGUUGGAAAUCCCAACCAAGUUAGGCAUCCCCCAUUUGUCCCUGGUCUCCAACCUCACCCUAUGCAGCUUCAGGGAGCAAUGCAACAUGGACAAAUGAUGAACUUCCCUUCUAAAUUUGGUCAUCAGCUGAGCACUCCAUUUGGCAACAUGGGAGUUGGGAUUCCACCACAGUUUGGGCAGCAUGUUAGGAAGGUUAAUUCUCGCAAAUCUGUUAAAAUUACUCAUCCCGACACUCAUGAAGAGUUGAAACUAGAUGAGAAGGUUGACAUGAAAUUGGAUGGUGGUUCAUCUGGCUUGGCAAUACAUCAUCCUGGGGGAUUACCAUCACAGCCUAUGCAUUAUGGUCCCUCUCGCCCUAUGAGCUUUUCCCCACAGAUGUCCCCGAAUCCUAUGUUCUUACAAAACGCUCCUUCAGUUCCUAUAACAAACUCCCUUGUGGCUCCCUGCGCUCCCGGACUAGGAUAUAACUCUUCAGUUCAAUUGGCAAUUAACCAAGCUCCUGGCUCUGUUAGAAGAGAGGUUUUGGCAUCUUCAUAUCCAGUUUCCAUGAAGACAGCGGAAACAGAAAAGGCACUGCAACCACCUUUGAGAGUUAACUCUAGUGGAGAGGGAUUAAGGAUUCUCUCAGAAACCUCUGUUGAGGCUUCAGAAUCUACCUCCAAGCCAACACCUUUUGCUUCACCCUCAAGCAAAUCACUUAUUUCUGUCGAUAUACCUCCUUCUGGUAGUGCUACAUCUAUAGGAAGCAAUGUUAACCAUGUUCGAGGAGUCGAUUAUGUUGAGACCGAGUUGAAGAACCCUCCAAAGAAAAGCCAAUUGCAUCCUCAACAACUACAAGAGGAAGGAAAUUCCGUGUCCAAAUCGAAUCCUACUCCAACAAGUUCAGUAGACCGUAUUUCUGAUGGUCAAAAUGCUGCAACUAUAGAAACCCAAGCAGCAGCGAAAGAAACUCAAACUGAAAGAAACUCAAAUGAUAGGAAUGCAUCAGAUCAAGUAUCAAGCACAGGGGGCUGUGAAACUAACAAUGUGGUUCAUCAGUUGUCACAUUCUGCUGCUUCCUUAUCAGAUUGCAAUGUUUCUAAAAUUGUGGUGCCUGUUGCUACAUAUAAUAAUAAAGAAGUUUCUCCUUCUGCAUCUGGAGCAAAGUAUAAUGACGAUUCUCAUAUUCAUACUUCACCGUCAUCUCCAUCAUAUACCAAAAUUAGGGGCAAAGUCACUGAGGAAACAAAAACUGAAUAUCGUCGCGUUCAAGGAUCAAGUCCAAAGGAUAAACAUACAAAUAAGGUGAAAAGUGCAAACUCCAGGGGAAAGAAAAAGAGAAGAGAAAUUCUUCAGAAAGCUGAUGCAGCUGGAGAUACGUCUGAUCUUUAUAUGGCAUUUAAGGGACCCAAGGAGAAACUACAAUCUUCUGUUUCUUCAGGAAGUGUUGAGAGUUGUUCCAGUCUCACUGCAAGGAAGAUAUCAUCAAGUUCCAAUGAAGAUUUUUCGGCAAAUGAAGAUAAAAAGAGUACAGGUGAACCAAACAACUGGGAAGAUGCUGCUAUGUCAACUCCAAAGUUGGAAACUUCUGGUGACAAUAAAAUUGUUAAUGAUAAUCUUAGGCAUCCAAAUGGUGGAAGUGAUACUACAGGACAAAUGAGAUACUCAAGAGAUUUCCUUCUUACCCUUUCUUCUCAUUUCGGUGAUCUCCCUGCUAAUUUUGAAGUUCCGUGGCAUAUGGCGGAGGCCCUUUUGAGUCCUAACUCUAGCAUUUCGAAAGAGGUAGAUUUUAACAAGAAUGGUCCAAACUCCUGUCCUGGACAAAUUAAUAGCAGACAAGGCAGCUCUUCUUGGUCUGAGAACCGUCCUACUGGAAUGGCAGAUGAUGGCAGGUGGACCAAUGAGCAACAUAUUGAUAUCAACCAAGGGGGAAAUGCUAAUGGUGCUCGUCCGGGUCGAGGAAACCACAAGAAUAUGAGGAAUCUACAAGGACAGCCACCUAGCCAACAUGUAUCUGUGUUUCCUGCUGGAGCAAUGCUGCCAUUAGCCUCUCAGGGAGGAAUACAACAUAUUAGGUCCGAUGCCAACCGCUGGCAGCGGGUUUCUGGCUCCCGAAAAGGUUCAUUUCCUUCUCACUCUCCACUGCAAGUUAUGCACAAAGCUGACAAGAAAUAUGAGAUACGCAAAGUGACUGAUGCAGAAGAGGCAAAACGUAGACACUUGAAAGCUAUCCUCAACAAGCUAACGCCACAAAAUUUUGAGAAGCUGUUUGAGCAAGUAAAGGAGGUUAAUAUUGAUAGUGCUACCACUCUUGCUGGUGUCAUUUCACAGAUAUUUGACAAAGCUCUAAUGGAGCCAACAUUUUGUGAGAUGUAUGCAAAUUUUUGUUAUCAUCUAGCCGGGGAACUUCCUGAUUUUGUGGAGGACAAUCAGAAAAUAACCUUCAAGAGACUGCUCCUUGAUAAAUGCCAGGAGGAGUUUGAGAGAGGUGAAAGAGAAGAAGCAGAAGCCGACAGUUUGGAAGAGGAUGGAGCGGUAAAGCUGUCAGAGGGAAAGAGAGAGGAGAUGAGGUUACAAACACGAAGAAGGAUGUUAGGUAACAUCAGAUUGAUUGGAGAAUUAUACAAGAAGAAGAUGCUUACAGAGAGGAUAAUGCAUGAGUGCAUCCAGAAAUUGCUCGGGCAGUACCAGACUCCAGAUGAGGAAGAUAUUGAAUCUCUCUGCAAGCUUAUGAGCACUAUAGGAGGAAUGAUCGACCAUUCCAAGGCAAAGGAUUACAUGGACGCGUAUUUUGAUAUGAUGACGACAAUGGCUAACAAUACAGAUUUGUCUACUAGGGUGAGGUUUAUGUUGAUGGAUAUUAUUGAUUUGAGAAAAAAUAAGUGGCAGCAAAGAAGAAAAGUAGAAGGCCCCAAAAAAAUAGAGGAAGUGCGAAGAGAUGCUGUGCAAGAACGUCGAGCUCAGGUUGGUCGGUCCCCUCGUGGUUCAAGCACUGUUUCCUCUGCUAGAAGAGGGCAGCCUGCAGAUUUAAGUCCUCGUCCAUCCAUGUUUUCUUCUCCAGCUCCUCAGAUGACUCCAUUUCGUGGAAUACCAUCACAAAAUCGUGGAGUUGGAAGCCAGGAUUGCAGGUUAGAAGCUAAACAUCCACAUGAGAGUAGGACAUCAUCAGCUGCCAUGCCACAGCGAUCUAUUGAUGAUAAUAAAACAAUGAGCCUUGGUCCGCGGGGAGGCCCCGGAAGGGGAACGCCUUUCAGGGGUCAAGCAAUGCAUUCUGCUGGUCCCGUGACUGCUGGUGCUGGUGGGUGGUCACCAUACAACUCGAGACAAGAAUCAAUAUCCAAAUAUGCUCCAGGGACAGUUGUGAAGCCUACUGCUAAUUAUGCUCGGCCAAAUCAACAUGAGCACACACAUUAUGCAGAAAAAGAAUUAACAAAUACAAAUCGUCCUUUUGGGAGAUCUGCUGAACCACCAGCGCAAAAUUCACCAGGAACGAUAUGGUCUGAAGAACGUCUUGGAGAAAUGUCGAUUGCAGCUAUUCGUGAAUUUUACAGUGCAGUUGAUGAGGACGAAGUUGUUCUACGCAUUGGAGAAUUGAACUCACCAAGCUUUCAUCCAAUGAUGCUAUCGAUAUGGGUAAAUGACUCAUUUCAGAGGAAAGAAAGGGACAGGGAUCUUCUUGCUCGGCUUCUUAUCAGUCUUACGAAGUCAAAGGUGGUACUGGAAACCAAACAUCUCAUUAAGGGGUUUGAAUCAGUUUUAGCUACUUUGGAGGACGAAGUUACUGAUGCUCCAAAAGCAGCUGUAUUUCUUGGUCACAUUUUCGGUAGAUUAAUCAGUGAAAAUGUGAUCUCUCUGAAAGAAGCAGGACAUCUUAUACAACAUGGUGGUGAGGAGUCUGGUCAUCUUCUGCAAACUGGAUUGGGAUACGAAGUUCUCGAAAGUACAUUUGAACUUAUAAGAUCAGAGAAGGGAGAAUCAGCCUUGAAAGAUAUCUGCAGCGCGUCCAGCACACAGUUGGAAGAUUUUAGACCACCUGUUCUGUCCAAAUGAACCAUUUUUUAAUCAUUAGGUGGUGACAAUAACCUUUUGUUUUCGACCUGGUUAAUGGUUAUUCAUUGUUUUACCUAAGAACAAAUGCAGAAGCAGGGCAACUUAAUAUGCAGAAUAUUUUGUGAAAUGCUUAGGCAUGUAUACGUG